CGGCGGGGGGCGGGGCGGCCCGCUGGGACGCGCUGGGGUCGCGGCUGGAGCGGCGGCAGCUGGACCGGCGCUGUGCGGGCACGGGCUGUGAAGUGCCGGCUGGGCUCUGUGCACACAAAGGGCCGGAGCAGUGCGCCCUGCCAUCCCAGCUCGAGCAGCGCCGCUCGGGCGUCUGAGGCCAGAGAAGAGCCACAUUUCAGACCUGCCCCCUCGGGAUACUGCUGGCCCCGCUGUGCUCCUGGCAGAGCCACAGAAAACCAGGUCUGGGCCCCCGGAGAGAAGCGGGUGUGCGAGGAGGUGCUGAGCGUGUCUUCAGGGCUGAGUGGACCUGGGCAGCUCCUGGUCCCCGCGGCGGCACGUCCGGGCCUGAAGGCGUCUUCUGUGAGGGCGUGAACCCUGGCCUUGGGGGCCAUGCAGAAGCCGGGGGCAGGGGCCCGGAGGGCAUCCGACUGUGGGCCCGUUGCUCUCCGCCCCCGGUGCAUCACCAAGUUUGCCCAGUACGUGGGCUCCUUCCCUGUGCAUGACCUGGGCACGCAGGAGAGUGUGUGGCUGGUGCAGCAGCAGCUGUGGGCGCUGAAGGAUUGUCCCCGACGCCGGGCUGUCAUCCUGAAAUUCAGUCUUCAGGGUCUCAAGAUCUACAGCGGGGAGGGUGAGGUGCUCCUGAUGGCCCACGCCCUACGGCGCAUCCUCUUCUCCACCUGGUGCCCGGCAGAUUGCCAGUUUGCCUUCCUGGCCCGGAACCCUCGGAGCCCGCCCAGCAGACUCUUCUGCCACCUCUUCGUGGGCAACCAGCCUGGAGAGGUCCAGCUCCUGCACCUGCUGCUCUGCCGCUCCUUCCAGCUCUCCUACCUCUUGCAGCACCCUGAGGAGCGGGCACACCCUGAGCCCAGCCCGGGGCCCACAGGGGAGAUGCCUCCGAAACCACUGUCCAGCCCUGAGGGCCCCCCAGGCCUUAUCCGGGAACCCUUCGGCCGGGAUCAGCUCUCACAGAAUGUGCAUGCACUGGUGUCCUUCCGGCGGCUCCCAGCAGAAGGGCCUGCAGGCAGUGGGAAGGAGCUGUUGGAGUCAGAAGGCCGAGGGGGCACUCGCCACGCCCGCCUGGGGAACCCCUACUGCUCCCCCACGCUGGUGCGGAAGAAGGCCAUCCGGAGCAAGGUGAUCCGCUCGGGGGCCUACCGCUGCUGCACCUACGAGACCCAACUGCAGCUGUCAGCUCGGGAGGCCCUUCCUGCAGCAUGGGACGCGUGGCCCCAUGGAGCCAGUGGGCCCUCGGGCCUGGUGGAGACGGACGGCAGCCUGAUGGAGAACAUCUGGGCCUUUGCGGGCCUCUCCAGGCCCUGCGCCCUCGCCCUGCUGCGGAGAGAUGUGCUUGGGGCCUUCCUGAUGUGGCCGGAGCCGGGAGCCAGUGGCCAGUGGUGCCUGUCUGUGCGGACCCAGUGUGGGGUGGUGCCUCACCAGGUCUUCCGGAACCACGUGGGCCGCUACUGCGUGGAGCACCUGCCGGCCGAGUUCCCCAGCCUGGAGGCGUUGGUGGAGCAUCACGCGGUGACCGAGCGCAGCCUCUUCUGCUCCCUGGACAUGGGUCGCCUGAAUCCCGGUUAUGAGGAGCAGGACUAUGGACCUCCCGGCAGGCCUUCCCGGACACUCCGGCCACUUGGCCAUGCCAAGUCCGAGGCAGAACUGCAGGGCCUGGGCUAGGGGUCAGGCUCUGUGCCCACAGGCCCCAUCUCACCCCGGUCCAGGGGCCUCAGCAGGUCACUCUGACCUUCGUCCACCUGCUGGUUGUCUACCCCUGUUAGUAUGCCCCUCGGAUCUACCUUCCACCGCUUCCCUGCCUGUGGGGGCAGCCCUGAGAUGGGGGUUUGCCGGUCACUUCUCACACACGCGGCCCACCAGCACAUCCCAUGAAGAGCCCGGCCACUUUGGAUGCGCGUCACCUCUGGGCGACAUUGGCCCCAGUGCAGAGAGUUUCUGGCAGUAGAGACAGGGCAUUUCUGUUCUGGAGGAUAGUCAUAGGGUGGCCAGAUCUGGGGCCCUGGCUGGGCAUCUUGAGAGCAUUUCUGACAGAAGAGCCAGACCCUUGGGGGAGUGGUGUUUGGGGAGGCGGGAGAGAGGGCUCACUCAGGGCUAAGGCCCAGGGGCAGUGUCUCUCCGCGAGAGAAAUCCCAGAGCUUGUGGGCAAGCAUGACCACUAGGGCGUGACCGCCAGGCUGCUGGAUAGAAUACCAGAGGUUUCUUAGGUCAUCUGAGGUUAAAGAAGUCCCUGAGUCCUGGGAACAGCAGAAAAGCAGUAGGGGCACAGCCACAGGCCUAAAGCCCAUGUCAGGUGAAAGCCAGAGAGACCAGAGAGGGACUCACCUCACUCCCUCCUACAUAGCCCAGGGACACACACACACACACACACCACACUCUGAAUAUGUGUUCUCCAGCCAUAUUUCUUUAGUCCUUUGGGAAGACUGGUGAGCAGUAGGCUUAAAGGGGUGACCGGCCCUGACCCACACAUUCUACCAGCAUACUCGCUUUGGGACUGUUUGUGAAACCAUCCAGUGCUGGCAUUUUCUUUGGGUGGGUGGAGGGGCAGUGCGCACCGAUGGUGCCAUCAGAAGCCAUGUCCCCAGACCAGCCCCGUGGGACAUGGGGUAUGAGCAGACCCAACCAAGGGGAGAACUGGUAUGGAUCUGGCCAGAGGAGGCUUGUCAGCAGGAAGCGGGGGACCCAGGGGGACAGCACUCAUCUAGGAUGGUCGUGUGGGACAGCCCUUUUAUAAGGAAGCAUUCCACAUAAGAAGCUAUUGAGUUAACUUAUUAGCAGUUUCAUGUGCAGGUUGAUUCCUGGCCACGAGUCUGGAGACUGCCCUCCUCCCAGCAGGGAGUGGGGGCCUGUUGCCAAGGACAUUCUAAGGAACAAUUUGGGGUCUCCUAGAGGAGGAAGGGAGGGCCUCCGAGAGUUCAGGCCUCAUACAUCCUACAGCCCUCCUGCCCUGGAAACGGCCUUGACGAGGAACCUUGUCACAUGCUGAAAGGGACCAAAGGAAAUUCUCUGAUGCCCUCAGAUACGUUCUCUGGAUACCAUUGCUUUUAUACUGGACACGCACAGGCAGGACCCUGGGCCCCCCUGCCAGUGAGCCCUGUGGGAAUCCAUCUCCUUGGACAAAGAUCUGCUCCUGGUGGGAGGCCCCAGCCUCACAUUUCUCACAGAGGGGGCUUGGGGGAAUUGGGCUGGGGGACACACCACCAGAGACGCACACUUCGAUGGGCUGGGUUUAGGCCAAAGUUCCCUCCCCUUAGAAGCAAUGAGUUUUGCUGUGCAAGUCCUCUCUGUGGACAAGGCAUGGGGAAUGUUCCCAGAGCACUUUAACAUUUCGUGACACCUUUAAAGAUUCCAUGGUACAGUGAGAUCUUUGACCCGCCCAUGUAGAUGCCUCAGCCCUCAUUCUGCGGAGAUCACUCUUCUCUUUGUGCCAAACCAGUGCCACCUGGAUAACCUUGCUCUCCUUACCGUGUGGACUUGAAAUAAAGAAAAUCCAUUUCUUCAGGUUGUCUAAUACAGACUUUCCU